AUGUCUGGAUUCGAGAUUGCAGGUAUAGUCCUGGGGACGCUUCCCCUAGUCGUCACAGCCCUGGAAGCCUACAGCAACCUUUUACGCGACUGGGGCAAGGCUCCGGCCGAGCUGAGGAGCCUAAACCGACAAUUGUCGACUGAGCGGGUGAGAUUGUGCAACGUCUGUGAGCAGCUCAUCAGCGAUGUUGUAUCGCAUCGAGAUAUUGAGCCGAUGCUGCAAGAUCCAUUUGGACCUCUCUGGCAGGCCAAGGAGACUAAUGAUAGGAUUCACCGGAGGUUAUGGGACUCGUACGGCCCCUUCGAAGAUACCAUCAAGGAAGUCGAAGAAGCGCUUCAAAGUGUGACGAUGCGGCUCAGAAUUGACGUAUCACCCGACGGGACGGUAAAAUGGAUUGACCGUAAACGAGUCCCAAGGGACUUCAAGAAGCUACUUUACCGCUUGAACCGAAAGGACUACCAAGAAGCUCUUGAAACUAUCUCAAAAGGAAUCACAAGCCUGGAGGGCCUGACGCAGCAGAGCGUCGGCCUUGAGCCCAGACGCCGGAAGCAGUCUCGAUGCAAGGUGUUCAAAGUUUUGCGGGACCUCUCAGCGAGCUUCUAUAGAGCUCUGUGCUCUAGUAUUCUUUGCGCCGAUUCACACGAUGUCAGCCUAGAGUUAGCGACGCGAUUUAUUGAGGUCGGACAUGAGUGUGACGAUGAAAGAAUUGUUCAAGAUGCUCAAUUCAAACUGGCUAUCUCUUUCGAAGUCGCCAAAGGCCCGACAAGCAAGAUGUUCUGGGAUGAAGUCAAUAUCAAGGCGGUGUCCGUAUCGAUGACCACGCCGUCCGCGCCACGUGUUGUGGCUGCAAAGACGAAGAGUGCGAAGCGCGUCUCUUUUGGUAUUGAUCGGGCUCUAUCUCGCUUGAAUCUUACGGAACCUGCUACGGAGCUCAAGUCCAAUGUCAAGACUGCCAUGGCUAUCAUGACUCGGCCUGCUACCGACUUUGCAUACAUCAAGUGUCCUGAAGAAAGCAGUGUCAGGCCAACAAUAAGCCCUCUAAACCUUUGUCUGACUCUACAAAAGGCCCACCAAGAGAGACCUGCUUGUUACGGCCACUUGAUCGACAAAGAACACAGCCACCGCCACUUCCAGGUUUGCCCGCUAGGAACGGUAGUUAACAGCGAUGGUUGGUCGAUAGUAACUCUUGAAGAUGUUCUUGAGGGCAAGCGGGGCCUUCGACCAUUGAUAUCGUUAGCGGAGAAGGUCAAGUUAGCACUCGUCAUCGCCUCUAGCGUGCUUCAGCUGAGUAAGACGCCUUGGCUUCCUGAGGCCAUAACUUCAAAGAAUGUGCAUUUUUUCAGACGUGGAAACACGCUCUCAUACGAGCACCCUUUCAUACAGAGGAGACUACCCGAGUGCCCACUGAAGCGCGUCAGCCACACGUCGGAAAGCACAAACUACUCUAUAUCAAGCAACGUAACACUCCUUGCACUCGGAAUGCUGUUGCUUGAGAUUAUUCUCGGUUGUUCGCUUAACCAGCUACGGCUACCAGAUGAGAAAAGCCCUGAUAAUGAUAACGAUGGGCUUAUUCAGGACUUGACAGUUGCAAAUCGGAUGCUCGAGCAGAGAGUAGCCUUAAUCAGCCCGGCGUAUAAGGCGGUGGUUGAACGGUGCAUAGGAUGUAUGGAGUCUAAAGGUCUGGAAGACGAUGGCUUUCGCCAGACGGUAUAUAAUGGCGUUGUUAUGGAGCUGGAAGCAAUCUGGGAUGAUACAAAGCUCAUUUAG